UUCUUGAAAACCAAACCCUAACGCGAAAAGGGAAGUCCUUUCUAAUUUCAAUCGAAGACGCCAGCUGAUUACCAGAAGAAUAGGAAAAGGUUCACGGUUGGAGUUCCUCGUUGUUUUCUCAGAUGGAGGAACUUGGUCAGCAAAAAAUUCGAAACAUCUGCAUCCUUGCACAUGUUGAUCAUGGAAAGACCACGCUUGCAGACCAUCUGAUUGCCUCAUGUGGUGGUGGAAUUCUUCACCCAAAACUUGCUGGCCGACUAAGGUUCAUGGAUUUUCUUGAUGAAGAACAAAGGCGUGCUAUCACAAUGAAAAGCUCUUCAAUUUCUCUCCAAUACAAGGGUCACUCCAUUAAUCUGAUUGACUCUCCUGGACACAUGGAUUUCUGCAGCGAGGUCUCCACUGCUGCGCGGUUGAGUGAUGGAGCCCUAGUUUUAGUAGAUGCAGUCGAGGGUGUUCAUAUCCAAACACACGCUGUUCUCCAUCAGGCUUGGGUGGAGAAGUUGACUCCUUGUUUAGUUCUGAACAAGAUAGACAGACUGAUCACAGAACUUAAACUUAGUCCAAUGGAAGCUUACAACAGAUUACAAAGGAUUGUUCAUGAGGUGAAUGGAAUUGUCAGUGCAUACAAGUCAGAAAAGUAUCUUUCUGAUGUUGAUUCUCUCCUUUCGGGAACAAGUAGUGUUGGUGAUCAGGAAUUUGUGGAGGACGAUGAGGAAGACACAUUCCAACCACAAAAAGGGAAUGUAGCUUUUGUCUGUGCAUUGGAUGGGUGGGGUUUCAGUAUAAGCCAAUUUGCUGAAUUUUAUGCUUCUAAGUUGGGGGCAAGCACAACUGCUCUGCUGAAGGGCUUAUGGGGUCCACGAUAUUAUAACACUAAGAAAAUGAUGAUUGUUGGAAAGAAGGGAAUGGAUAGUCUUGGUAAAGAUCUGCAGCCCAUGUUUGUGCAAUUUGUGCUUAAGCCUCUCUGGCAGGUGUACCAGGGAGCUCUGGAUGCUGAUGGUGACAAAGGGAUGCUUGACAAGGUCAUCAAAACCUUUAACUUGGCAAUCCCACCUCGUGACUUGCAAAACAAAGAUCCUAAGGUUGUUCUUCAAUCUGUCAUGAGCCGGUGGCUUCCGUUGUCUGAUUCUAUCUUGUCAAUGGUGGUUAAUUGUGUGCCCGAUCCAUUGUCUGCCCAAUCUAUUCGGAUAUCACGUUUGCUUCCCAAGAGAGAGUUAACAUUGGAUGAUUUGAGUCACAACCCUGACGUGGUUGCUGAAGCUGAGCAUGUGAGAAAAUGCAUUGAAACUUGUAAUUCGAAUAAUGAAGCUCCAUGUGUUGCAUUUGUUUCAAAAAUGUUUGCUGUCCCAUAUAAGAUGCUUCCACAAAGAUGUCCAAAUGGUGAAGCUCUCAACAGUCAACAUUUAGGAGAGGUUGGGGUUGGGGAAUCAGAGGAGUGCUUUUUGGCAUUUGCCAGAAUAUUCAGUGGGGUUCUUCACUCAGGGCAGAAGAUAUUUGUUCUUUCUGCCUUGUAUGAUCCUUUGAACGCAGAUUCUGUGCAGAAGCAUCUCCAGGAGGCGGAGCUGCAGUCUUUGUAUCUCAUGAUGGGCCAAGGGCUGAAACCAGUUUACUCUGCCAGUGCAGGAAAUAUUGUGGCCAUUCAAGGUUUGGGUCAGCAUAUUUUGAAGAGUGCAACUCUCUCAUCUACUAGAAAUUGUUGGCCGUUCUCAAGUUUAAUGUUUCAGGUGGCACCUACUCUUAGGGUGGCUAUUGAGCCUUCAGAUCCAUCUGACAUGGGUGCACUUAUGAGGGGUCUGAAGCUUCUUAAUCGAGCAGAUCCUUUUGUAGAAGUUACGGUUUCUUCUAGAGGUGAACAUGUGCUUGCGGCUGCAGGAGAAGUCCAUCUGGAGAGAUGCGUGAAGGAUUUGAAGGAAAGAUUUGCCAAGGUGAGCUUGGCAGUAUCCCCUCCUCUUGUUUCAUACAAAGAGACUAUUGAUGAGGAUGGAACUGCCUUCUUGGAUAGCUCAAAGACAUCUAUUGGUGGUGCAGAAUGGAUUGAGAAGACCACACCCAAUGGAAGAUGCACGGUAAGAGUGCAAGUCAUGAAAAUGCCUGCUGCUCUUACCAAAUUCCUGGAGGAAAGUUCUGACUUUCUUGGAGACAUAAUAGAGGGGAAAUCUGGGAAAAGAAACGGAAGCUUGAACUCACAUAGUGAGCAUGAUGAUAUUGAUCCUGUUGUGGCACUGAGGGAGCGGAUUGUUGAUUGCAUAGAGACUGAAUUAGAGUCCUCUUCUUCUCAAACGGACAAAGAAAGUUUUGAGAAAUAUCAAAAAAUGUGGUCUCGGUUUCUUCAGAGAAUAUGGUCACUUGGUCCUAGGCAGGUUGGGCCUAACAUUCUUAUAGUUCCAGAUUCGAGGGCCAGAGGUUCAAUUACUUCUAGCAGCGGCCAAACAGGUAUUCUUCUAUGCGGUCCUUGCCAUGUAUCUAGAAGGCUUGGGCUUUUAGACUCCUCUGAUUUAGAAAAUGAUGAAAAACAAACCAAAUCGGGAGAAUCAAUAGAAGAAAUAGAGUCUCUAUACGUGGAGGCAGAGGGUCUCAAAAGCAGCAUUGUUUCAGGAUUUCAGUUGGCAACGGCUGCAGGACCUUUAUGUGACGAGCCCAUGUGGGGCCUGGCAUUUUUUGUUGAGCCUUACAUCUUUCCUGACAACUCCGAAUCUAGCCAUCUCCCGGAUCAAUACGGUAUUUUCAGUGGGCAGGUGAUGACUGCUGUAAAAGAAGCUUGUAGGGUGGCUGUGCUUCAGAACAAACCAAGACUUGUGGAAGCAAUGUACUUCUGUGAGCUGAACACACCUACGGAAUAUCUAGGUCCGAUGUAUGCAGUUCUUGCUAGGAGGCGAGCUAGAGUUUUGAAAGAGGAAAUGCAAGAAGGCUCUGCUUUGUUUACAGUGCAUGCUUAUGUACCCGUUGCCGAAAGCUUUGGGUUCGCGGAUGAGCUCCGUAGAUGGACCUCAGGUGCUUCAAGUGCCCUGCUUGUUUUGAGCCAUUGGGAGAUGCUUCCACAGGACCCAUUUUUUGUUCCAAAGACUGAGGAGGAGAUUGAAGAAUAUGGUGACGGUGCUAGUGUCCCUCCAAACAUUGCGAGGAAGCUUAUGAACUCAGUGAGGAGAAGAAAAGGCCUAUCUGUUGAGGAAAAGGUGGUUCAACAUGCAACCAAACAAAGAACGCUGGCCCGGAAGGUAUGAAGCUUACGCUACAGAGUUACGAGAUUAAUUUUGUUUUUUUUCUUAGCUAAGAAAACAUUUUUGUCAUAAUGCAUCAAAGAAACAUUUUUGUCUUGAUACAUAGAUGAUGUGCUUUACUGGGCAAGCUAUUCAUGUUCCUGAGUUUGACUUGUAUAUUGAUUUCUUUACUUUGAUUGCAAUAUUGGUAAUAAAAAGGUGCAAAUU